AUGGAGCGAGACCCCGCCACGCGGCGGAGCAGGCGCCAUGCUCCCCAGCCACCAGUGGACAACACCGCUAUCUGCUUGCCGCCAGAUAAACUCCCAUCUGCUCAUCAGCAACCACAGCCUGAGAAGCCUGUUCCUGAGGACCAGCAGCUGAAAGGAAGCAUCCCUGACGACCGGCAGCUGCAAGGAGCCCACCCCACUGCCGAGCGCCAUCUGGAGGAACCUACAGCCUCACCAUCUCUAACACCAGCUGGAGCCCAUUCCCGCCCGCCUCAACUGCCGGAGGAGACGCCCACGGACCAACCGCUACUCCUCAUGGAGACGCGGAAGAGUCCCUGCCGCAAGCCCCGCCACGUGUCCCAGCUGCUGCUGCCCGGGGAUCCCAGCCCCACGCCCCGGCUGCCGCGCGGCCAGAUCGCUGCUCCCGAUCCCCUGGGGGACUCCUGCCCCGCGCCCGGCGGCUGCCCGAUCGGCCCGGGGAGCCCCUCGGCGCAGACCCUCAGCGUGCCUCCGCCGCGGCUGCCCGGGGAUCUCCGCCGGCCACUGCCGGAGCCGCCCGAGGAUCCCAGCCCCAUGCCCCGGCGGCCGCUGCCGGAGCCGCCCGGGGAUCCCAGCCCCACGCCCUGGCGGCCGCCGCCUGAUCGCCCCGGGCGACCCCCCAAGGUGCCUCGCGCGGCUGCCGGGAUCUCGGCCGGCCGCUGCCGGAGCCGCCCGGGAUCCCAGCCCACGCCCGGCGGCCGCUGCCAGAGCCGCCCGGGAUCCCAGCCCCACGCCCGGCGGCCGCUACGAGCCGCCUGGGGAUCCGGCCCCACGCCCGGCGGCCGCUGCCCGAGCCGCCAGGGGUUCCCAGCCCCACGUCCCGCAUGCCGCUGCUGCGUGGACUGCCCGGGGACUCCUGUGCCCUGCCCCGGCGGCCACUGCCUGAGCUGCCGGGAGAUCCCGGCCCGCACCCGGCUGCCGCCGCCUGAUUGGCCCGGGAGCCCUUGGCGUGCCUCCGCCGCCGCUGCCCAGGAUCCCAGCCCCACGCCCCGGCGGCCGCUGCCAGAGCCGCCCGGGGAUCCCAGCCCCAUACCUCGGGGGCCGCUGCCUGAGCCGCCCGGGGAUCCCAGCCCCGCGCCCCGGCUUCCGCCGCCGCUUGGGCUGCCAGGAGACUCCUGUCCCCUGCCCCGGCAGCCGCUGCCCGAGCCGCUGGGGGAUCCCAGCUCCACGCCCCGGCUGCCGCUGCCCGGGGCUCUAGGGGACUCCUGCCCCGCGUCCCGGCUGUCGGCUUCACUCUGGCAGCCUGAGCUGCCCGGCCACGUGCUCCAGCCGCUAACAGCUGAGCUGCCCGGGGAUCCCUGCCCCAGGUCCCAGCCGCCUGUGCGGUCUGGGGAGCCCCGCUACGUGCUCUGGCCGGAGCUGCCAGGGGAUCCCUGCCCCACGCCCCGGCUACCGCUGUCGGAGGGGCUCUGCCGCACGUUCCUGCCACCGCUGCUCUGGCCGGGGGAUCCCUGCCCCCUGCCCUGGCUGCCGCUUCCCGAGCGGCCCGGGGAGCCUCGCGAUGUGCCUGGGCAACUGCCGCCCGGCCGGUCGGGAGACUCCUGUCGGGAGCCCCAGGCACCGCCACUCGCGGCGCCUGGGGAGCCCCUUGAUAUUUUGCAGCAACUGGGAGUCUGCCCCCCCGCGAACGCGCCGCUCCAGACCUCGCGAGACCGGACCGCCGACCGCCGAUCGCUGCAACUGCCACGAGAGGCCUCUCCUGCCCUUCUGCGCCCAUCAACCACACCCCCCGCAACCCAGGAGCCCCAGCUGCCGCGAGACGACCCCCCUGUUUUCCUGCAAUGGCCGGACACACCCCCUGCACCCCAGGAGCCCCAGCCGCCGCGAGACGACUCCCCUGUUUUCCUGCGAUGGCCGGACACGCCUCCUGCACCCCAGGAGCCCCAGCCGCCACGAGAUGACGCCCCUGUCUUCCUGCGGUGGCCAGACAUGCCUCCUGUACCCCAGCAACCCCUGCCGCCGAGGGGCAACCCCCUGCAGGACACCCACACCUCCCAGGAACUCCAGACACUGGGGGAAACCCCAAACACUCCCCGGACACAGCCACUGAUGGAGGAUGCCCCCCCCCACCAGCCGUGUGAUGGAGGACGACCAAGAGGGCCCUAA